AUGGACGCAAAUCAGCUCUUGACAAAUACCCUCUCGCCGGAUACGGCCAUCCGUACCGAUGCCGAACAAAAGCUCGAGGCUGCCGCCCGCGAUAGCUACCCGGUCUACAUGAGCACCCUCGCCGCAGAGUUGGCCAAUGAAGCAUCUCCCUCGCAUAUCCGAACCGCUGCUGGUCUCGCCGUCAAGAAUGCACUCACCGCACGCGACCAAGCUAGGGUGGAAGAGUACACCGCACGAUGGACCAGCUUGCCGCAACCCAGCCGCGAUGACAUUAAGCAAAAAGUGCUCAGCACCCUCGGCAGCCAGGAGCACCGCGCCGGUACCGCAGCUGCUCAGGUCAUUGCCGCCAUCGCUGCCAUCGAGCUGCCUGUCGGCCUGUGGAACGAGCUCAUUUCACAGCUCCUGGGUGCCAUGGGCGAUGCUAGCAACAUGCGUCUUCGACAAGCCGCUCUUCAGGCCAUCGGCUUCACCUGCGAAGGCAUCAGCUCCGACGUCUUGGCAGCUCAGUCCAACGAGAUUCUCACCGCCGUCAUCCAGGGCGCACGCAAGGAGGAGCCAUCGCCAGAGGUCCAGCUGGCUGCGCUCCAGGCGCUCUACAACUCGCUCGAGUUUGUCCGUGCCAACUUUGACCGCGAAGGCGAACGCAACUACAUCAUGCAGGUCGUUUGCGAAGCCACUCAGAGCCCCAACAUUUCCGUCAAGGUCGCCGCCUACGAAUGCCUCGUCCGAAUCAUGCAGCUCUAUUACGACAAGAUGCGCUUCUACAUGGAGCAGGCCCUCUUUGGCCUCACCGUGCUUGGCAUGCGCGACUCGGAACCCAAGGUGGCGUUGCAGGCUGUCGAAUUUUGGUCUACUGUCUGCGACGAAGAGAUCGAGUUGGCUCUGGAAGCCGAAGAGGCAGCCGAGUUUGGCGAGGAGCCCGAGCGCGUCUGCUAUAACUUUGCCCGCAUCGCUCUGCCAGACAUUGUACCCGUGCUGCUCGAGCUGCUCAAGACCCAGGACGAGGAUGCCGACGAGGACGAGUGGGAUGUUUCAAAGGCGGCCGGUACCUGCGUUGGCCUCCUUGCUCAGGUGGUCGGCGACGACAUUGUGCGCUUGGCAGUUCCCUUUGUCGAGGGCAACAUCAAGAACCCGGACUGGCACGCGCGUGAAGCUGCCGUCAUGUGCUUCGGCUCCAUCAUGGAAGGCCCCGACCGCAAGACGCUCGCUCCUUUGGUUGAAUCGGCGCUCCCAACCAUCAUCGAGAUGCUCCGCGACGAGAGCAUCGCUGUCAAGGACACUGCCGCAUGGACUCUCGGACGCAUUUCGGACCUCUGCUGCGACUCGAUCAAGACCGACGUUCAUCUGCCCGCGCUCGUUCAGGCGCUCGUGCUUGGACUGCAGGACGAGCCUCGCAUCGUCACCAACUGCUGCUGGGCGAUCAUGAAUUUGUCCGAGCAGCUGGGUGCCAACGCCCAGUCCUACGACAAUGCAGGUGAGCCCACCGACGCCGGCGCAGUUGCGACAACGCCGCUCUCGCCCUUCUUUGAGGGAAUCGUCGGCAGCCUGCUCCAAGCCACUGGCCGCAGCUCCAACGAGUCCAACAGUCGCACUUCGGCCUACGAGGCGUUGGCCAGCUCCAUCACCCACUGCGCCGCUGACUGCCUUCACCAGGCUAGCAACGUCUUGGUGCAGAUUCUCGACCGACAGCAGCAGCUCAACGAGGUGGCAGGUCAGCUUGUCGGCAUGGACGACCGCAACAACUGGGCCGAGCUGCAGGGCAACCUCUGCAGUGUCUUGAUGGCUUGUGUCCGCCGCCUCGGUCGCGAGACGUUACCCCUGGGUGACCGCAUCAUGACCAACCUCUUGACUUUGAUCCAAAACGGCGGCAAGCAGCCCACAGUGCUCGAAGAUGCCUUCUUCACCGUCGGCGCCGUCAUUGCUGCAUUCGAAGCCGAGUUUGAAAAGUAUCUCGGCGCUUUCCUGCCGUUUAUGGUCGAGGGUCUGCGCAACCACGAGGAGUAUCAGCUGUGCUCGAUCAGCGUUGGCCUUAUCGGCGACAUUUGCCGUGCCCUGGGUGAAAGCUCGGCCAAGUACUGCGACGACUUCAUGAAUGCGCUCUUUGCCAACUUGCAGUCGCCUCAGCUCAACCGCAGUGUCAAGCCGCCCAUUCUGUCGUGCUUCGGUGACAUUGCCAUGGCCAUUGGCGCUGCGUUUGAGAAGUACCUGCAGAUGGCCAUGUCGGUAUUGCAGCAGGCUUCGUUGAUCCAGACGGUGGACCCGAACGACUACGAUAUGAUCGACUACAUCAACUCGUUGCGCGAGGGCAUCUGCGAGGCGUAUGUGGGCACCGUGUCCGGUUUGCGGGCGGGCAACCGCACCGAGGCGCUGCAGCCGUAUGUCGAGGGCAUGUUUGCGUUUAUUGCGCUCGUGGCACAGGCACAGACGCAGAGCCAGGCGUCGGAACCGUUGAUCCGCGGUGCGCUGGGUCUGUUGGGUGACAUUGCCAGUGCUUACCCGAACGGGGAGUUGAAGGUCUUGCUGAGUGGCACGUGGGUGGCUGAGUUCGUCAAGGCUGGCAGGGGACGUGGAAACGGCGCCGAGACCAGGAGGACGGCUUCGUGGGCUAGAGAGAUGAUCAAGAAAGCUACAAAGUGA